AUGGACAGCAAGAUUCACUAUGAUAUAACGAUCUUCAUGCUGGCAGCAUAUAUAUUGGCAGCUGUGACUAUAGCAUUAACAACAUGGAUUUUUAUAACAUGGAAAAAAAGAAAAAAUUAUCCCCCUGGUCCUUUUCCAUUGCCGCUCAUAGGCAACCUUCAUUUGCUACGAAAAGACAUUCAUAUAGCCAUGGACGUACUUUCAAAGCAAUACGGAGAUAUGUUCACGCUAUGGAUGACUGACAUACCGUAUAUUGUUAUUACUGACAUCACGCUUGCUAAAAAGGUGGCACUAACUAAGAAAUUUGCCAAUAGGUUACCACUAUAUGUUGGAGAUAAGCUGUACUCAAGAGGAUGUAAAGAUAUUAUAUUCGGUGAUUACGGAGAGGCAUUGAUUCUCCAUAAAAGAAUGGCACAUUCAGCACUAUCAAUGUUUGGGAAAGGUUUAUUUUGUUUUGAGGACCGUAUUAUGUCUUCGGUCGAUGCGUUGAUAAAUACUCUCAAUGAGAACAAAGAGAACGAAAUGUUUAGUUUGAAUGACGAUGUAGAGUUGGCGUGCUUCAACGUGAUGUCUUCAAUUGUGCUCGGUACGUCCUUGGACAAAGAAGACGAGCGUUUUCAAAAACUACGCAAUGCCGUCUUUUACAUGAUGCAAUCCGGUGUCACACUCUCUUUAAUAAACUUCUACCCAAUCCUUAGAUACUUGCCAAAUAAAGAUUUAAAAGGGAUGAUAAAGGUAUUAAGUGAAAGAGAUGAAGUAUUAAAAAAUAUUUUAGACUAUACCAUCUCCACAUAUCAAUGUGGUCAAGUCACAAACUACAUAGAAGCACUUCUUAAGGCAAGGUCAGACAUAGAAGAGACAGAAGGGCAGGGUUAUGUAUCAAAUAUUCUCUCACGUGAUCACAUUGAAAUGAACAUAUUCGACAUGUUUCUUGGCGGAGUGGAGACUGUUUCAACAACUCUUAUGUGGGCGUUGUUGUAUUUAAUGAAAUGGCCGGAAACACAACACAAAUGCCAUUGUGAGUUGGAUGAGGUAUUAGGCAUGCCAAAUGAAAGAUCACGAGUGGUAUACAAAGACAAAGAUAGUCUACCAUACAUACAAGCAGUUGUUUUAGAAACCUUAAGACUGGCAUCAACUUUGCCUUUUGGUGUUUUCCACAAAGCUAGAGAAGAUGUAGAGCUUAACGGUUAUCGUAUCCAAAAAGGUAAAAAAAACCUAAGCCUAACUGCAAAUCCGGUUCACUGCCUAAUUAUAAACAUCUUGUUUCAUAUUUAUUACCUAUUUUUAAGGAAAAACUAUAUUUACUUGCUUUUCACAGGCACAGCAACCAUGAUUAACAUUUGGUCGAUCCACCACGACGAAAAAAAUUACAAUGACCCCCUCAUUUUCAAGCCAGAGCGCUUUUUGGAUGAAAGUGGGAAAUUAAUCCCUUUAUCAGAGAGGACACACUUCUUUGCCUUCAGCUGUGGUCCAAGACAAUGUAUAGGACAAUCGUUAGGUAAAACAGAGCUAUUUCUGUUUCUGGCUAAUUUAUUACAACACUUUCAUUUCAAAUCUUCACCUUUAAACGAGGAGCUGAGUAUCUAUGGCACGACAAAAGUGACGCACGCUCCACAUCCUUAUAAAAUUUACGCUAGACGAAGACAUGGAGACGACAAGGAGAAUAAAAAAUAGAAGAAACUUGUUACAAGACCACAUCAGUUACCGUAAUUUAUGUUAUUUAUUUAUUUAAUGUAUGUAUUAAGUUUUAUGUUUGAUGCAGAUGGAAAUAUUGAAAACCACAGUAAUUUUCUUUUUCAUUUUUUUCUUGUA